ACCUUUACAUUGAUACCACAUGUGUGAUUGGUUGAUACCACUAGUGUGUAUUGUUGUAAAAACACUGAUUGUAUUGUAAAUAUAGAAAGCAUUUCUCAGCGCUUUCUCAACAAAUUUGUUAUAUAUAGAGCUGUGAGCGGUCUAUACGUAAAGCGGACAUUGAUUUUGUCCAUUGAAGACAUUAAUCGCAUCGUUUGACUGUCAGGUGCUGUCCAUUAGGACAACCAUUUGAAUCAAUUAGUUGGCCGAAGCACUCAUCUCUCUGAAGACACCAGUGAUGUCUAAACGAAGAAUUGAUUUGAAUGAUUCCAACUCCAAGAAAAAUCGAUCAGAUGGUCAUUCAUCCAAUGCGGACAUCGAUUCACUUCUUAAAGAUGCAAAAUCGGCGGCAAAGUCAACGACUAGCGCGGGUAUCAACGCGUGCACCGGACAGCCAUUCUCUCAGCGAUAUUACGAACUGUUCCGCAAACGCAUUCAAUUACCAGUUUGGGAAUAUAAAGAACAGUUUAAUGAUUUGAUGGACAACCAUAAGAUCAUAGUAUUGGUGGGCGAGACCGGGUCCGGCAAAACUACACAAAUACCCCAGUGGUGUGUCGAGUAUUGCCGUAACAAAUGCAUCAAAAUAGGUGUUGCCUGUACUCAACCCCGAAGAGUGGCCGCUAUGUCUGUGGCCACGCGUGUCGCUGAAGAGAUGGAUGUAGUUCUCGGCCAAGAAGUUGGUUAUAGUAUACGUUUUGAAGACUGUUCGGGUCCUAAAACAAUACUUAAGUACUGUACAGAUGGUAUGCUUUUGCGUGAAGCUAUGUCUGAUCCGCUUCUCGAGGCUUAUAGUAUUAUACUUCUUGAUGAGGCCCACGAAAGGACACUUUCCACAGAUAUCUUGAUGGGUGUACUCAAACAAGUGGUAACCAAACGUUCUGAUCUUAAGAUAGUUAUCAUGUCUGCCACUCUCGACGCCGGAAAGUUUCAACAAUACUUCGAUGACGCGCCACUAAUGAAUGUUCCCGGACGGACACAUGCCGUUGAGAUUUUUUAUACUCCCGAACCCGAAAAGGACUAUUUGGAAGCUGCCAUCCGGACAGUCGUACAAAUUCAUAUCUGUGAAGAAAUCGAAGGGGAUGUCCUUCUAUUUCUUACGGGACAAGAGGAAAUUGAAGAGUCGUGUAAACGUAUUAAACGUGAAAUCGACAAUUUAGGUUCAGAUGUCGGUGAACUCAAAUGUAUACCAUUGUAUUCAACAUUACCUCCGAAUCUUCAACAACGUAUCUUUGAAGCGGCACCUCCUAAGAAAGCGAACGGUGCUAUUGGAAGAAAAGUAGUCGUAUCGACAAACAUAGCUGAAACUUCAUUGACAAUCGAUGGUGUGGUUUAUGUUAUUGAUCCUGGAUUUGCUAAACAAAAAGUCUAUAAUCCACGUAUUCGUGUCGAAUCAUUGCUUGUCUCUCCCAUUUCGAAAGCAUCGGCUCAACAAAGAGCAGGUCGUGCGGGUCGUACUCGUCCGGGAAAAUGUUUUAGACUGUAUACUGAAAAGGCAUUUAAGACUGAAAUGCAGGAAAACACUUAUCCGGAAAUAUUGCGGUCCAACUUAGGAAUGGUUGUUCUUCAACUUAAAAAGUUGGGAAUUCAUGAUUUGGUUCACUUUGAUUUUAUGGACCCACCGGCACCCGAAACAUUGAUGAGAGCACUGGAACUGUUGAACUAUUUGAAUGCACUCGACGACGAAGGAGAGAUGACAGACUUGGGCUCAAUUAUGGCUGAGUUUCCAUUGGAUCCGCAGUUGUCUAAAAUGUUGACCGCUUCUUGUGAAUACAACUGUUCUAAUGAGAUAUUAUCCAUCGCUGCUAUGCUGUCAGUUCCUCAAUGCUUUGUUCGACCCAACGAACAGAAGAAGGCUGCGGACGACGCAAAGAUGCGAUUCGCGCACAUCGAUGGCGACCACUUGACUCUAUUGAAUGUUUACCAUGCAUUCAAACAAAAUCAUGACGACCCCAAUUGGUGUUAUGAAAACUUUAUAAACUUCCGUUCACUCAAAAGUGCUGAUAAUGUUAGACAACAGUUGUCCAGAAUUAUGGAUCGAUUUAAUUUGAAACGAAUUUCAACAGACUUUACUUCCAGAGAAUAUUACAUUAAUAUUAGAAAAGCACUCAUUUCUGGUUAUUUUAUGCAAGUCGCACAUUUAGAGAGAACGGGUCACUAUUUGACGGUUAAGGACAAUCAGAUCGUCCAAUUACACCCGUCCUCGUGUUUGGACCAUAAACCAGAAUGGGUUAUAUAUAACGAGUUUGUGUUGACCACAAAAAAUUAUAUUAGAACAGUAACUGACAUCAAACCCGAAUGGUUGGUCCGAAUUGCAUCUACAUAUUAUAAUAUGGAUAACUUUCCCCAAUGUGAAGCUAAAAGACAGUUAGAGUUUAUUAUCACUAAACUUCAAUCCAAACAAUUUCAAGUUUGACUUAAAUUGUUUGAUAAAAUUAUUUGUCUACAUUUUUUUUGGUCAUUAAUUUAAUCAACAAAUUAUGGAAAGCAGAAUAAAA